AUGGCUGGACGGCGCAGGCGUGCCGCCUCCACCUCGACCGUCGCAACGGUCGAUGACGAUGCCAUUCAAUACUACAAGGAGAACACCGUCAUCAAGCCAGCCAAAAACAGCACCCACACUGACGAUUGGCCCUGUUUCCUGCUUGCCGAUGCGACCGUCUACCACCGCGAUGGCACAUUGGCAAACCUGCUGCACGUCGAUUUGGAGGGGCCCUUUAUCAUACGCGGCAGAGUCGAGAUCGAGAGGGAUCAAGAGCGCUUUCUUGUCAAUCGCCAAAGCAAGACUAAGUCGGCCUGGAUUCAAAUACAAAGCACCGUAUCCUUCUCAAUCGGACUGAAAGACGAUGGCUUGUCGGUUCCUGUUCUCUGGGCUAGCGGCGAGGCGGGAUGGUACGAGAUCAUCCCUUCUGACAGGUAUAUGGCCGUGUGCGACACAAUGUUCCAGGGCAUAUCUCUUCACUACGCCAUACUUGACCAAUACGACGAGGCUCUUGUGAAGUUGUAUAAGAAGAAGAAGAACAGGAGAAAAACCAUACACAACGUAUCUUUGCCUCUGGAUGAGGUUCUAUUCAAAUAUGCCCUCACUGUCGGUGAUGGUAUUACUUUGCCAGAAGCCCACCAGCGACUACAAGAUCAGGCCAUCUUUCUCCUGUCACACUUUCCCAAGGACACCGAGUUUCAUAACUAUCUGAGAGGCAAAUUUCCCGAUCUCCGACAGAGACUCACUGAAAAAGAGUCGAAUGAAUCGAAGCAAAACAAGGCCACGGGACCUUCGCCUCUGGAAGCGUCCAUCUAUCCGACCAGAGAGAAGUCCAGUUCGCUGGACAUCGCUAACGGAAAGAAGAAAGAGAAGCUACCAGUCAGAAGUUUGGCAACAAGGAGUACUCGGAGCAGUGAAACGAUCGAAGUCGCAAUCAUUGAACCUAAGGAUAAUCAACGGACCCUUGCACCGAAACCCGUCAGGGCUACAAGAAACUCACCGCUUGUUGCUGACGAGAAAGCUGACAUUAUCAUGAUCGAUGCACCAGAAGCAAAGCCCCAGAGCGUGAUGAUGACACAUGCCCAGCGGCCUACUGCUGCGUCCAGUUCUAUCACGGAAGUCAAGUCUUCCGGGGACGUCCUGGUUGAAGCUCUACAAGAUUCUCGAAGAAACGUCUUGGAGGUGCUCAAGGAAGGGAAACAAAGGAAACAUCCCGACGACAUGACUGUGAAAAGUUGGCAGACCAAGAUAUAUCAGGAAUGCAACAUCAAACCGUACGAAGCGCUGCAUGAGGUCUGCCUCUACCACGCACGAGACUUUGUGCGACUGCUUGGUCCUGAUUGGCACAAUACACAGUUCUACAAAUGGGCGAAGGCCAAUGUCGACACCCCGCCGAAGCUCACGCUUGUCACCGAGGACGCUGUCAAAAGGAUAGCUCGACGAGUGAGGAAACCACGACCAGGAGCUCGCAUCGAACAAGGUGCAAAGGAGAACACACAGCCAGAGGCAGCAGAGCGCCAAGGAAAUCAACCCCAUCGAGGCCGCCCGAGUGGUAAGGCCGCAGGCUUGCGUCCGUCCUUGGGAAGCAAGAAACGCUUGCGAACCGAGACAGGAUUCGAUGACGAUAUGGAUGUGGAUGAAGACGGAGUACCUAUGAGGACAUCCAAGAAAUCACGACUUCUCGCUGACGGUGAAAUGGACGAAGUCCAUGACGGAACUCCGUCGGGUGAUGACGAACAGCCCGAGAGCAAAGACGCACCGGCAACCAAACUGGUCAUACGCGCCGAGAAACUGCCCUCUUCUACACCUCAGGGGCCGAAUCAGACGUGGACCUGCGAAGAGCCCGAUUGUGGCUUUGUCGUCCGAGCUGCUGACGCAGAAGAGGGCCAGAACCUCAUCACUGCUCAUUUCGACCAACACGAGAAAGAAGCUCGUGACGUUGCCGAAGAAGCCGCGUUGAGCAGAGUCAACCUUGCACUGCAGGAGUCACGAUCAGGACACAUGCCUAUUAAUCAUCUCCUCGAUAAGAUCCGGAGCCUGGGCGAGAGGACAGAACGCCGCGACGAGGCUCAUCUGAAUGGCCAACCGCUGCCCCAGCCCAUCAAGCGGACUCUCCUAGUCUAA